UAUAUAAAUGUUUAAAUUUCAUACUUCGUUAUUUUCUCGCGCAAAAGAACGUAUGAUUGUACGUAUGGUUAUGAUAGAUAAUGGAUAAAAGAAAAUUAAAAUUUAAAAGUUUACAUAAAAAUUUAAUAAGUAGUCAAGUAUCUUCAACAAGUGAUAUAUAUGAAACCAGAUCUUUAAUUGAACCAAAAAAUAAUAGUACAUUAUUAGCCGGAAAAGUUUUUUCAACACAAAAUGAAAACAAAUCAUCAAAUGACGAUAUAUUUUUACAUGAAAUACAUAAGAAAAAAUUAAAUGAAAAAUCACGUAAACGAAAAUCGUCAAAUCAUAAUACAUCAAAAUAUGAUAGUGACGAUGAUUUAGGUUUUCCUUUGGCAGAAUCUACAAUUUUAAAGAAAAGACGAGAUGAUUGUAGCACUAUACGAAAUGAAUAUGAAACUAAUAAACAUACAAAUUUAUCAAAUGUUUCAAUCAUAUUGGAAAAAAAUGUUAAUACAAAUUCUACUAUAAAUUGUAAAUUUAUUGAAUUUUUGUAUGAAUCAGGCAUCAAAUUAAAUUCAGAUGCUCCACAUAUACUUUGUAAAGAUGUCAUAAUAGUUCAAAAAAAUAUGAAAGAAUUACUUAAUUUAAAAAAGUAUAAAAAAAUUGAAUUAAUUACUCUAAUGGAAAAAUAUUUUGAAAAUGAACAAAAUUUUAAAAAUGCUUUAAUUGAUAUGGAAUUAUUUAUUGAUGGUGAAAUAUCAAAUAUCUUAUAUAGUUCAUCUCUUAUAAAAAUUUUAUUACAAGUUUCAGAAUUACAUCCAGAAAUAUAUAACAGUCUUUUAUCAAAACUUAAUGAAGCUGUCCUUAUAGCAGAUUCUAAUGAAUCAGUAUCUUGGGCUUUUCCAUUAUUACAACAGUUUCGUUUUCUAGAUGUUAUAACUAAUUCUGAUGCUUUUAUUAGCAACAUAGAACAACUUUUAGAAUCAUGUCCUUCAUGGUUUCAAAGUGAACUCAUUAUGUUCUUACCUGAUAUUAUAAUUGAUAAGCAACAUCAAACUAUUGCUGAAAUUUUAAAUAGAAUUUUGGAAGAGAAUUCUGAAUUAAUAAGUUUAAUAUUGAAUUGUAUGACUAAUUUAAAUCUUGGAAAAGAAUAUUUAAAUGAAUAUAAGGAAAAAACACUAAAUUUAUUGAAAACAAAUAUUAAAGUAAAUGCAAUAUCAGCUAUUAUAAAAUUUGUUUUAGAAGAUUAUACAAAUUUAGAAAUUUUUGAAAAAACAUUAAAAAUAUUACGUGAUAUUGAUAUACAACCACUUAUUGGAGAAAAAAUUGAAGAAUGUUAUCAAAAUCAAUUAGAUAUUGUUAAUACAUUAAAAAUGAAUAUGCUUCUUUCAAAAAAUAUAGUAAAUACAACUGUAAUAGUUAUAAAGAAUAUUAUUAAAGAUCCAAAGCCAUUAGAUAUUAUUCUUCUUCUUCUUAUAUAUUUAAUGGCAGAAACAAAAAAAAAAACUGUUGAAACUAUAUUUAAACAACAUAUACGAUCUGGAUUUUAUAGAACAAGUUUAUUAAAUUUGUUAUAUAAUAAUUAUAAACAAAUUGUACAAGAGUUACAACCAAUUGCAUUACAAAUAUCGAGCAAUUUGUUAAAGACAGAUGAACGUGUAUAUGUUGAUUUUUCCAUUGAUUGGUUGCGUUUACAAUUUAAAUGUCAUAAAGAAAAUGUGUUCAAACAACGAGAGAUAUUAGAAAGAAUUAUAUUUCUUAUGGGAGAUAGUGAUCAAACAAUUAAAAAUACUUUAACAUUUCUUUGCAAAAUGGUUACAAAAGAAGAAGAUAGACAGUUUUUAACACCACAUUGCAAUCAUCUUCGUAUUUUACUCGAAAAAAUGGAUAAUUUAAAUUUAAAAGAAGUUGGUACAUUAAAUGAUUUAUUGCAACAUUUAUGUACAAACUCUAAUUCUAUAACUGAUUCUUUACGUGAUGACUUAUUUAUUUUGCUGCAAAAACAAUUAUCUAAUUUCAAACCACUCACAAAAUCUAAAGGUGUUUUAGGGGCAGUAAUGGCAAUAAAACAUUUAAUGCAAAAAACAGAAUCUGAUGGAGCUUAUAAUUUAUUUAAAACAGUAUUAAAUAAUGUAAAAAAUUGUUCAAGAUCCCAAGCUUUAUUUUAUGAUCAAUUGACUUAUGUUAUUUUACAAACACAAAAUAUUAAUAAAAAAUUUAUAAAAAGACUUACAGAUCAUAUUGAAGAGGAAUUUAUUAAUAAAAAUAUGAUUGAUAAAACAAAUUACAGAGGAGAUUUAGUACCUAAAUUUGGAUUAAAUAAAUCAGAAGAUGAACCACAAAAAUGUGUUUUAACUUUUGAAGAUAAAAAAUACGGAGCAAUUGUACCAAUUUCUUUUAAACUUCUUAGAACUUGUUAUAUCAGACUUAAUGAAAAUGAAGAUUUGAGUGCCAUAGAUUCUCUCUUAGGAUGUGCAAUAUUAAUGCCAGAUCUUGAAAUAACAGAAAAUUUCGUAAUAGAUUUAGUAAUAUGUUGUAUUAAUUGGUUUCGUGAAGUAAUCAAUGGUUUUGUCACACAAAAAGAUUCUUUGUUACAAAAACAAGUAUUACAACGAUUAGAUAAUUUAAUAGCCUUACAAAGUGAAUUGAAUACAUUAUUUUCUUUAUGUGAUAUAAAAUAUCAACCACCUCCAUGUUAUUUUUAUCAAUUUCCAUUACCACCAUUUAUAAGAAUAGAUAAAAAAAUUGGCAAAAAAGGAAAAAAAGGAAAAAAAAAAGUUAAAGAAAAAUGUCUUAGCCUUAAAGAUUGGGAAUUAGGUUCUCUGAUAUGUUCUAAAAAUCCAAUUUAUUUUAGAAAGUUUGAUGCAACGAUAGUAUAUUUGUUAGAUUUAAAAAUGGAAAUGGAUACAUCACAAUCUAUUGAACACAAUAUAUCUGUAAAACAAGUAUGUUUUAUUGUUCAAGAACUUCUUGGGAUCUUUGAGCAUGAUGCUAAUGAAAAAUUUAUAAAGGAUUUAAUUGAAUUAUUACCAAAAAUUUGUACAAAAUUACGAGAUAUUGUGGAUAUUUUGAGAGAACAGAAUGAUUAUCAAAGCAAAGAAGCUGUUCGAUUAUUAUUAUGUCUUUUAACAAAAAUUUUUAAUUGGAAAGGAUUUGAAAGUGUUACUUAUAACAUAUUAUUACGAGAUGGUUUACGAAUUUUAGCAAGUCAAGUUGAUGAAAACAAUAUUACAUUAAAGUCUUGCAAAGAACUUGUUACAGAAUCUUGUAAAUAUUUCGAAUCUUUAUGUGAUAUAACUACACAAAUAUCAUUAUCAAUUUCAUUAAUUAAUAUGUGCCAAUCAUUAAUGAAACAUUCUGAAUCUUAUACUAAUCAAAAUAAAGAAAAAUAUGCAAAAAUGGCAUUUGGGUUUUUAUGUCUUCAAUGGCCAGAAGAUAAUCAUACUAGUAUUCAAUAUAAAUCAGCUGUAAUUGAAUUAUUAAAUAAUUGGAUUAAUAAUGAACCACUCCCAUUACAAACAGUUACUACAAUUUUGGAUUGGUUACCAAACGAAAUUUCAAAGUUGGAAAAAGCUCAAAAUAAUUUAAAUAGAAUACCCUCAAUUACAAGAAGUAAUUUUCAUUUUUUAUUUAAAAAAAUGUUUGAUGGAUUAAUUAAUGGUAUAAAAAUAGCAUUGCCAAUAACUGAAAGAGAUUCUAAAAGAAUAGAAAUAUGGUAUGAAGUUGCAGAAAACGUGCAAAAGCUAGUUCAAAUAUGUAAAACAUUAACAACUAAAAAUAAUAUAUUGAUAUUUUUAAAAAAUAUGCCUAUUUUGCUAAAGUUUUUUUUAAAUCUUGGAAUGCCAAUUUUAGAACAUAAUUUAAAAUACCAAACAGAAGAUGUAACUAAAAUAUUGAAAAUGAUGCAAGGAGGUACACGAUAUUUACACACAAUUUGUUGUGAUAGUGCAGAAAAAAAAGAUCUUACAUUAACAAAAUAUAUUCCUGUAGCAAAAUCUAUAUUAGAAAGAUUGAUUUACAGUGUAAAAGGAAUGUUAGUUCUUAAUAAUAGUCCAACUGCAUUUUGGAUGGGUAAUCUGGUUAAUAAAAAUUUAGAAGGUCAAGAAAUUUUUUCUCAGAAUUUAUCAUCUGAAGAAAGUUCUGUACCAAAUUCUAAUAUAAUUGAUGAUGCAACUAAUAUGUCAUCAGAUAUAUUAGAGAGUGAUUCUAAUGAUGAUCUUCCUGAUGAAGAUAAUGUAUCAUAAUUUUUUUUCUUUAUAAUAUAAAAUAAAUAUAUAAUAUAUAAUAUAUAAUAAAUAUAUAAAAUAAUAUAAAAAAAAUUGUACUAAAUAUAUGAAUUUUAUAAAAUAAUAUUUUUAAACAUAUAUUUUAAAUUUUUUAUGAAAAAUUUAUAUUUUUUUAUACAACUCUAAAAAUUUAUACACAUUAUAUUAAAUAUAAUAAUAUAAUUAAAUAAAUACUUGUGUAUAAAUACUA